AUAAAAACGGGUUUUUCAAGCCGAGUCAAGCCGCCGCGCAAGCCAAUAACGCACCGCAAAACGCAAGAUGAUCCUCACAACAUGCGCCGCCUGCGCCGCCCCACUGGCCCACAACGCGCCGCGAUGCGUUAGAUGUAAAUUGAGGUACUGCAACGCCACUUGCCAGCAUGACCACUGGCGCCGCGGCCACAAGCAGAUGUGUAAGAAAAUACACCGCGGCGGCAACGCAGAACAGUAUAAUGCAGACAAGAAAUACAAGGAGGCCGUCGCGGAGGCCGUCGAGGCGUGCGCGGACGACACCAAGGGCCAGACGUGCUACAUCUGCACGCAGGCCCUCCAUUGGAAAACGAAGGAGGGCCUCGUGCGCAUGUGCGCGUGCCGCGGGACGGCGGGAUUCGCGCACGUGUCGUGCUUGGCGGAGCAGGCGAAGAUUUUGAUGGACGAGGCCGAGGCGAACAAUUUGGACUGGGACGCGAGGAAUGCGAGAUUCUGGCGAUGGCACGCGUGCGGCCUGUGCGAGCAACAAUACCAUGGCCUCGUGUACUGCGCGCUCGGGUGGGGGUGCUGGAAGACGUACUUAGGGCGGCCGGAGACGGACCAGAUUCGGAGCAUGGCGAUGAACCAGCUUGGGAACGGUUUACUCGAAGCAGACCACCACGAGGACGCGUGCUCCGUGCAAGAGGCUCAGUUAUCGACGCUGCGGCACUUUACCGAUACAGAGAUGUCAGAGAACAACAUUCUCGCCAUGCAGAACAAUCUUGCGGCCACGUAUGGAAAUCUGGGACGGUACGAAGAUGCCUUGCGGAUGCAACGAGACGUACACUCCGGACGGUUGAAGCUGUUGGGCGCGGAACAUAACCGUACCAUGUCGGCAGCCACCAACUACGCAAUGACACUAAAACGUCUAGGACACUUCGAAGAAGCUAGGUCAGUGCUCCGCAAAACGAUUCCCGUGGCGCGGCGCGUUCUCGGGGAGUCGCAUAUCUUCACGCUCCAGAUGAAGUCAGUCUACGCGGAGGCGCUCUGCGCGGACCACAGCGCCACGCUCGACGAUCUCCGCGAGGGUGUGACGACGCUCGAGGAGACAGAACCGACGGCGCGGCGCGUACUCGGCGGCGCACACCCGCUGGUAGGGACGAUUGAGAGUGACUUGCGAAACGCGAAAGCCUUGCUCCGCGCACGCGCGGGGAGCGCCUAAAAACCAAGAGCA